UUGGCCGCCGGUGACGGGUGGCCGGGCCGGGGGCGGGAGGGCUUCUGGGGUAGGAAGGGAGGUCCGCUCGGCCGGGCGCGCCGCCCCAGUGCUCUGUGGGAUACUGGAAGUCUCGAGCUUCUCCUCCGGGUUCCCAGCCCUCCUCUGGCCCGCACUCAUAGAAACAGUCACACACCCCCUGCCUCCCCUCUCUUCCCUCUCCGCCUCCCCCUUCCCCCCCUCGCGAUAAGAAGACCCGGCGGCAGGAGAGGGGAUGAAGAUGGCGGACGCGAAGCAGAAGCGGAACGAGCAGCUGAAGCGCUGGAUCGGCUCCGAGACGGACCUCGAGCCUCCCGUGGUGAAGCGCCAGAAGACCAAGGUGAAGUUCGACGAUGGCGCCGUCUUUCUGGCUGCUUGCUCCAGCGGCGACACGGACGAGGUCCUCAAGCUGCUGCACCGCGGCGCCGACAUCAAUUACGCCAAUGUGGACGGACUCACUGCCCUGCACCAGGCUUGCAUUGACGACAAUGUUGAUAUGGUGAAGUUUCUGGUUGAAAAUGGAGCAAAUAUUAAUCAACCUGAUAAUGAAGGCUGGAUACCACUACAUGCAGCUGCUUCCUGUGGAUAUCUCGACAUUGCAGAAUUUUUGAUUGGUCAGGGAGCACAUGUAGGAGCUGUCAACAGUGAAGGAGACACACCAUUAGAUAUUGCUGAGGAGGAGGCAAUGGAAGAGCUACUUCAAAAUGAAGUUAAUCGGCAAGGGGUUGAUAUAGAAGCAGCUCGAAAAGAAGAAGAACGGAUAAUGCUUAGAGAUGCAAGACAGUGGCUAAAUAGUGGUCACAUAAAUGAUGUCCGGCAUGCAAAAUCUGGAGGGACAGCACUUCACGUUGCAGCUGCUAAAGGCUAUACAGAAGUUUUAAAACUUUUAAUACAGGCAGGCUAUGAUGUUAAUAUUAAGGAUUAUGAUGGCUGGACACCUCUUCAUGCUGCUGCUCACUGGGGUAAAGAGGAAGCAUGUCGAAUUUUAGUGGACAAUCUGUGUGAUAUGGAGAUGGUCAACAAAGUGGGCCAGACAGCGUUUGAUGUAGCAGAUGAAGAUAUUUUAGGAUAUUUAGAAGAAUUGCAAAAGAAACAAAAUCUGCUGCAUAGUGAAAAACGGGAGAAGAAAUCUCCACUAAUUGAAUCAACAGCCAAUAUGGACAAUAAUCAGUCACAGAAGACCUUUAAAAACAAAGAGACACUGAUUAUUGAGCCAGAGAAAAAUGCAUCCCGUAUUGAAUCCCUGGAACAAGAAAAAGUUGAUGAUGAAGAAGAAGGAAAGAAAGAUGAAUCUAGCUGCUCUAGUGAAGAAGAUGAAGAAGAUGACUCAGAAUCAGAAGCUGAAACAGAUAAGACAAAGCCCAUGGCUUCUGUAACUAAUGCCAAUACUUCCGGUACACAAGCAGCUCCUGUAGCUGUUACAACACCUGUGUCAUCUGGUCAGGCAACACCUACAUCACCUAUGAAAAAGUUUCCAACCUCAGCUACAAAAGUUUCUCCCAAAGAAGAAGAGAGAAAAGAUGAGUCUCCUGCAUCUUGGAGGUUAGGACUUAGAAAGACUGGCAGUUAUGGCGCACUUGCAGAAAUCACAGCAUCUAAAGAGGCUCAGAAAGACAAAGACACUGCAGGUGUGAUGCGUUCAGCUUCAAGUCCCAGGCUUUCCUCCUCUUUGGAUAAUAAAGAAAAGGAGAAAGAUAGUAAAGGAACUAGGCUUGCAUAUGUUGCACCUACAAUACCAAGACGACUAGCCAGUACAUCUGACAUUGAAGAGAAAGAAAACAGAGAUUCUUCAAGUUUGCGAACAAGUAGUUCUUACACAAGAAGAAAAUGGGAAGAUGAUCUCAAAAAGAAUAGCUCAAUUAAUGAAGGAUCAACUUAUCAUAAAAGUUGCUCCUUUGGUAGAAGACCAGAUGAUUUGAUUAGUUCUAGUGUUCCAAGCACCACAUCAACACCAACAGUUACCUCUGCAGCUGGGCUUCAGAAAAGCCUGCUUUCCAGCACAAGCACUACUACAAAGAUUACAACGGGUUCUUCCUCAGCAGGCACACAAAGCAGUACCUCAAAUCGUUUGUGGGCUGAGGAUAGUACUGAAAAAGAAAAGGACAGUGUUCCUACGGCAUUGACCAUCCCUGUUGCUCCAACUGUUGUAAAUGCUGCAGCCUCAACCACAACCCUGACUACAACUACUGCUGGCACUGUCUCCUCCACAUCAGAGGUCAGGGAGAGACGCAGAUCAUACCUCACUCCUGUUAGAGAUGAAGAGUCUGAAUCCCAAAGAAAAGCAAGAUCUAGACAAGCAAGACAGUCUAGAAGAUCAACACAGGGAGUAACAUUGACUGAUCUUCAGGAAGCUGAAAAAACAAUAGGAAGAAGUCGUUCUACCCGAACCAGAGAACAAGAAAAUGAAGAAAAAGAAAAAGAGGAAAAAGAAAAACAGGAUAAAGAGAAGCAAGAAGAAAAGAAGGAGUCAGAAAUAUCAAGAGAAGAUGAAUAUAAACAGAAGUACUCUAGGACAUAUGAUGAGACUUACCAACGUUACAGACCAGUAUCGACUUCAAGUUCAACCACUCCGUCCUCUUCAGUUUCUACCAUGAGCAGUUCACUUUAUGCUUCAAGUCAACUAAACAGGCCAAAUAGUCUUGUAGGUAUAACUUCUGCUUACUCCAGAGGAUUAACAAAAGAAAAUGAAAGAGAGGGAGAAAAGAGAGAAGAGGAAAAAGAAGGAGAAGAUAAAUCACAACCUAAAUCAAUCCGAGAACGGCGGCGACCGAGAGAGAAAAGGAGAUCUACAGGAGUUUCAUUUUGGACACAAGAUAGCGAUGAAAAUGAACAAGAACAACAAUCAGAUACAGAAGAAGGAUCCAAUAAGAAAGAAACUCAGACGGAUUCCGUACUAGAGACAAUAGCAUCUAUCAGGAAAAGAUAUGAAACCAGUUCCACAUCAGCUGGUGAUCGAUAUGAUUCCUUGCUGGGUCGCUCUGGAUCAUACAGUUACUUAGAAGAAAGAAAACCUUACAGUAGCAGGCUAGAAAAGGAUGACUCAACUGACUUUAAAAAGCUUUAUGAACAAAUUCUAGCUGAAAAUGAAAAGCUGAAAGCACAGCUACAUGAUACAAAUAUGGAACUGACCGAUCUUAAAUUACAGUUGGAAAAGGCCACCCAGAGACAAGAAAGGUUUGCUGAUAGGUCACUAUUAGAAAUGGAAAAAAGGGUGACCGGCAAGAGUCAGUAUCUUCUGGGCGGAACGAAGAGCUCUAGAAAGAAGAAUAUCUGAAAUGGAAGAAGAGCUCAAAAUGUUACCAGACUUAAAAGCAGACAACCAGAGGCUAAAGGAUGAAAAUGGGGCCUUGAUAAGAGUUAUAAGCAAACUUUC